GUCAUCUCACGAUGUUUCGCUAUUCAAUCCGGCGCGGUGUGGCAGCGCGACUUCUUGUCAAGUUCGCUGGAAUGGUAUAAAAUAAAAAUUGUAAAAAAAGUUCAGUUUGUGUUUAAGAACAAAAUGUGAAAAAGCUUAUAUGCAGUUUGUGUUUAUACUGCGUACAAGCGUGCUACAGACAGUGCCCAUUUGAUAACAGAAUGGAUGUGAUAAAGUUUAUAUCAGUGCUGGUGGUGUUAUUUGAAGGAGGCGAGGCAGGCGGACAUGGAGAAAAGCACCAUGAUCACCUCAGAAUCCACAUGCCGGAGUUCAUCCACCACGACCACCACACUAAAGUGAUCACCAUACAUCACCAUCAUCAUAAACCAAAGAAAGAACAUCACCACCACCACCAUCAUUUUAAACCGGCUCCGCCUACAUUUCAUCAUCACCACAAGAAGUUUCAUAUAACUACAAAGACUGUGUCAAAGAAUCAUGGCCACCAUGGCCACCACGGGCACCAUGGCCAUCACGGUCACCACGGCCAUCACGGUCACCAUGGUCAUCACGGUCACCAUGGUCAUCACGGUCACCAUGGACAUCACGGCCAUCACGGUCACCACGGCCAUCACGGGCAUCAUGGACACCAUGGCCACCAUGACUUUGAUGAACUAGGCCUUGAAAAUCAUGGCAUCGAACAGCAAGGCUAUGGUUAUCCUAUCCCACAGAAUACUGCAGCUUAUGAACCACCCGCUACUACUUUUGAAGAAGACUUUACGAAUUUUAGUCCAUCUGUGCCUUCCUACGGCGGUGGUAUCACGGCUCAAGCCCCCCAAUACCAUGGAAUAUCGCCUCAAGUGCAUGGCAUAUCCCAUACAAUCAAACAGGUGAAAGUAUACGAUUCCUUACCUGGAGCAAUCCCUAACAACAAUGUAAAAUCUCACGGGUACGAAGUUACUGAGGCUGAUGAGGAUGACGAUGAUGCUUUUACAUCAGUGAAUAGUCUGCAACAGUCAUAUCCGGGUACAUACGCGUUUGUGCAAGGUGUCGACGCAACGAACGAUCCGUACGCUCAAUUGACACAAGCCAACUCGAUUCCACUGCAAAAUCAUGAUCCUUUCACACUAGCUGCCCAACCUACGUCAGGACUUGAAGGUGAUGUAGAAACUUUCACAGGAACUCAACCUGAUGCUUUUGUGUCUUCGCCAACUCAAAUUAUAAGCGUGACAAGUGCUGAUCCUUCUCCUGCCUUACCAGCGACUUUCCCUUCAGAGGAAGGCUUUGAUGGCACACAGACAGCAUUUAUUGGAACCACUGGAGAAACUGCUCUGAUAUCAAACGAACCGAAUGCUAUUGACGAAGAAACGCCUGUGUCCUUUGUCAGACAGGGUGGUAUACAACAAGUCGUGAAAACUGGAGGGGUGGAGACAGUUGUUUAUUAGAAUUAAGAUAAUUAACUUACCAAAAACGGAAGAUGAUUCCUACUGUUGUUACAACUUUGUUAACUUAAGUUAAAUAUUGGUCAUAGUUGUCGUUUGACGUUUAUAAUAUUAUUAAUGGUGUGUCUUAUUUAUGUGUGCGUAAGUAGUGGUAUAAUGACGUGACAAACAAAUAUCCUAAUACCAUGCCUAAUACUAAGUACAAAUUACUGCAGUUAAAUUGUAUCCAUUAUAUAACAUAAUGUAUUUUUAAAUUAAAUCAUAAUUGUUAUGGUUGUUUUAAUUAUUAUUGUAUUUUUA